CUAGGGCACAAAACUCCCUUACACCAGCCCUGAGAGGAGCUGAGUUCGGCUAAGCCAGAGCCAAGGAGAUUUCCUUCCACACGUAGCAAGGGAGCUGCUGUCCCCCUGUUACUUGGACCCCUGUUCAUCCUCUGGGCUGAGCCGAGAGCUGGGCCAAGACCUGUAAUCAACGCUAGCACAAGCAGCAGGAGUGACCACCUUGACAGACCUGCAAGCUGGCAAGGCCCUCCCACCUGCGGAGGUGUUCCUCCAGCCAGGGCUAAGGUGCAGGAGACUUGUACCAGCAUUGCCUGUGCCAGGGCUAAACGGGGUGUGCUAAUAUCAGAGAUCUCCUCAGUCAACUCUUUCAGGGUUCUUGGGUUCAGGCCUGCUGAUUUAAAAAUGUUUAUCCCUAGGAGAUGUUGUUUAAUAUCCUCUUUGAUUACUAACAGACUGGAAAGUACUUCAUCAUCUUCUUGUGAUUGAGUACAUCAGCCUGCUCCUUUCCAAAUACAGAACACAAAUAUUUAUCCUUUUCUGCAUCACUAUCAACAGUGUUACCAUCUCCAUCGUGUAAUGGGCCUAUACCAGUGCUAGGAUUUCUUUCAUUUCUAACAUAAUUAGAAAACCUCUCACUUAUUACCCUUAGCCAUGCCAGCCAUGGAUUUUUCCCUGAUGUCUUCAGCUUCCUUUAUCAAUUUUCUACAAAUCCUGAUUUCUAAUAUCUGUUGAUUGCUAUCUAUUUCCCCUUUUCCCAUAUGUUAUAUAUUGGUUUUUAUUUCUAAUUGCUGCCUUCACUUCAUCACUGAACCAGAUGCAGUUUGCUGCCUCAGCAGAGAUCUUGUUUAAGACUGCUUUGCUCUUAUCUAGCACCUGUCUUCUCAGGAUCUAAAGCUCCUUUGCAAACACUGAUAUGUUACACCCCUCAAACCUCUUUGAGGUUAGUUAGUAUUUUCCUCAUUUUUUUACAAAAAGGAGAAACUGAGGCAAAAAGCAGUGAGGUGAUUUUCCCAAGACAGAGAGUGAGGUCAGAGGCUGGUGUAAAGCAUAGGAGAAACAUUUUCAAAAACUCUGAAGUGACUUACAUAAAUACAUCCCAUUAUAUUUUUGAAAAUGGGACCUAGGAUACAUCUAAAAGAACCCAUGGGAGCCCAUCUUAGAGCCCAUGUCAACUGGCUCAGGCUCACAGAGCUCACAUUAUGAGGGUCAAAAUAACAGUCUAGAUGUUCCCGCUUGGGCUGAGCCCCAGGCUUUGACAGUUUCAGAGCCCAGGCUCCAGCCGGAGCAGGGAUGUCUACACUGCUAUUUUUAGCCCCCUAGCACAAGCCUGAGUCAAUUGACCCAAGUUCUGGGACUCACUGCCAUGGGAGGAGUUUUUGCAGUGGAGAUCUACCCUUAGGCACCUAAGUCACUUAGGCACUUUUGAAAAUGUUACCAUAGACCUGCUGAUUUUGAGUCCUUAAUCCCAAGAUACUCCUUCAUCUAAACUGACAGGUCUGCAACACUCCUGUUUUCUGCACAAGAACAUUUCUCUUGCUCCUGGGGAAGGGUGUAGGUGUGCGUGUCUUUCCUCCAGGCACCAGUAUUGACCCUCCAGGACAAUGAUGCUCAGACCGAGGCUCGAGAGCUGCAAGCGGCUCUUAAAUGUGUCUCCUGUGACUCUUUGCAGCACGAUAUGAAAACACUGUGAUUUAAUUAUUAACCAAUCAGGAUGCUUUUACUAUUUCAUUAACCAAUUAUGCUAUUAACUUACACUAAGUUAUUAACAUAUUUGCUAUCAGAAUUAUAUAUAUAUAUAAACUAAAUAUUUCCCCUGCCAGACUGUUUUAAUAUGAAUAUAGAGCACUAUAAUGAAUGAAACAGUGAAUUCACGCUCCUGUGACUCUUUUCGGCAAUGUUGAUCACUAAUUUGGUUCCUGAACUACUGAGCCCUGAGAAUCACUGCUCUAGGGUGUGACUUAGGAGCUUGCAAGGCAAACGACUUUCAGGGCACAAAGCCAGAGGAGGAGGGAAUCCACACCCUCUCCUGUCAAAUCCACUGCUGAGCAGAUGAAAGUGAAACUCAUUUAGCGUCUGUUUCCUGGAGAAAAGACUCAUGGCUCAGGCUGCUGCGAAUCUGACUGAAAAUCUCCAGAAUGAAGCUACUUGUCCCAUCUGCCUGGACUCUUUUAAAGAUCCAGUGAUCACAGAGUGCAGCCACAAUUUCUGUGGGGCAUGUAUCCGUGAGUACUGCAAGGAAUCAUCGAGAAACCUCUCCUGUCCUCAGUGCAGGAGGACAAUCCAGCCAAGAAACUUCAGGCCCAACAGGCAGCUGGCAAACAUGGUGGAAAUAGCUGUGCAGCUCGGUGUCGAAGCAGCAAAGAAAGCGCGAGACAUUGUGUGCAAGGAGCACAAGGAACCUUUGAAGCUCUUCUGCGAACAAGACCAGAGCCCAAUCUGCCUGGUAUGCAGGGAGUCCCGGGGGCACAGGGACCACGCUGUGGCGCCCAUAGAGGAGGCAGCACAGGCCUAUAAGGAAAAGCUUCAGAGCAAUUUGUGUUUCUUACAAAAGGAGAGAGAAGAAUUUGAACCAUAUGGAGAAGAGAAAAGCGACGAGCUGCUGAGACAGACAGAAUUGGAGAGAUGGAAGAUUUUGUCGGAAUUUGAGCAAUUGCAUGAGUUUUUGAGUGAACAACAGUGCCUUCUUCUGGCGCAGCUGGAAAUGCUAGAUGAGGAGAUUUUAAAGAGGCGGCAUGAAUAUGUCACCAAAGUGUCAGAGAAAAAGUUACUACUCAACGAACUGAUCAGCGAGAUACAAAGGAAAUGUUCCCAGCCAGCGACAGAAUUCCUUAAGGAUGUUGGCAGCACCUUGAGCAGGUGUGAGUGUGUGAAGGUCCCAACUCCAGAGCCCGUUUCUCCUGUGCUGAAGAAGAGAGUCAGCAACUUCUCUGAAAAUAAUAACCUUGUAACAGGGGUGCUGGCCAUGUUCAAAGAGAAUCUGCGAGCUCAGCUGGAUAAAGAAAAAGUCAACGUGACUCUGGAUCCGGAAACAGCAAAUCCCCACCUCAUCCUGUCAGAGGAUGGGAAAAGUGUGAAACUCAGAGCAGGGAGGCUGGAUGUGCCUGCCAAUCCCAAGAGGUUCAUGUCGAGCCCCUGUGUCCUGGGAUCUGAGGGAUUCACAACAGGGAGACACUAUUGGGAGCUGGAGGUUGGAGAUGGGGACGGCUGGGCUGUGGGGGCUGCCAGAGAGUCUGUGGAGAGAAACAGGCCGUCAGUGCUUCAGACGGAAGGGAUCUGGGCUGUACGUCUGGGCUGGGAUCGUCAAUACACAGCUCUCACUUUUCCUCCAACCCCUCUCUCACUUGAUGAGAAGCCCAGGAAGAUCCGAGUUCACUUGGACUACGAAGAGGGGCAAGUGACCUUUUACAACGCAGAGAACAUGACCCAAAUCUUCAAUUUCUCUGCCUCUUUCAAUGAGAAAAUCUUCCCUUACUUCUGGCUCUGGUCCCCGGAAUCAUGUAUCCAGAUGUGUCCCUGAUGGUAUCAAGCUUCUUAUAGUGGCUCUCACAUGAGAACUCCUGCACACUUGACUGCAGCUGGAGAAAGAGAGGAUUCAUUAAAAUAACGCUAACUAACCAAA